GGACAUCACAGACCACCUUUUGCUGUUGAAGGAAGAAUUAACAGAUGAAAGUGAUGAUAAUGUUAGGGAGUCGCUUUCUGACACUAGAAUCCUCCAAACCAUGAUGGAUAUAUUUCUUGCUGGAACCCAGACCACAUCCGACACGCUGAAGUGGAUAAUAAUGUAUGUGGCAGAUAAUCCGGAAGUUCAGGCAAAGAUACACAAGGAGUUGGACGGCUUGGGAAACGACUUUGACGAACUCCGUCACUGCAAAAAUAAGAUGAAUUACUGUGAAGCUGUUCAGAGAGAGGUACUGCGAAUGCGUCCUGCAGCCCCAGUGGGUAUACGUCAUAGAACGCUCCGUGACACCAAAUUAGGUGGCUACGAUAUCCCAAAAGGCACUAUUAUUUAUGCGAACAUAUGGGCAAUCCACCAUGACCCGAAAAACUGGGAAUCGCCGGAAGUUUUCAAGCCAGAGAGGUUUUUAAACAAAGAUGGUAGCUUGAAAGAACUGGACAAAAAGACGUGGCUGCCGUUUAGCAGUGGCAAGAGGAAAUGCGUGGGAGAAGCACUUGCCAGGGCAAAUAUCACCAUGACCAUGGCAUUGUUUUUCCGUCGGUUUAAGGUGAGCUUUCCGCCAGGUGCCCAACCGGACUUCGAGCCUAUGAUGCUUGAAAUAAAUGGCAGCCCCAAGCCUCAGAAGAUUGUUGUUCAGAAUAGAAUAUGACGUUCCACAGAAUAAUAUUUUACAAUACUUAUUAUAAAACAAGUCUUCUUAAAUGACUGUAUUCUAUAUUUGAAUCAAUAAGUUAGCAUGUAGAGGGUCAAGUGUUAAUCAUUUAUGGGGGCCUUUUCUCGAAAUACAUUUUUUAAUCAAAAGACAGCAGGUUAAGCUUAUUCUUGAAAUGAAAAAAGUGAAAUCACAAUGCAAAUAGAAAAAUAUUCCCUUUUGUAAAAUUACCCAAUGGGCUACAUACACGUUAUCCACCGGUUGCUGCAUUCACUUAUUGUUUGAUAUGAUGUUUUAUAAAACUUCAAAGUCUAUAAUAAAUCGGCCAAUUUUUCUUGAACUCAA